GAGUACGGAGUAGUGGCCAUUGGUCGGGAGGAGUAUGGAGUAGUGGCCAUUGGUCGGGAGGAGUACGGAGCAGUGGCCAUUGGUCGGGAGGAGUACGGAGUAGUAGUGGCCAUUGGUCGGGAGAGAGUACGGAGUAGUGGCCAUUGGUCGGGAGGAGUACGGAGUAGUGGCCAUUGGUCGGGAGGAGUACGGAGUAGUGGCCAUUGGUUGGGAGGAGUAUGGAGUAGUGGCCAUUGGUUUUAGCAGUUAGUAGAUCAUUAGUGAGGUUUAGUAGGGCAGUGUCAGUGGACAUAGGAUGGAAGAAGAGGCUGACCGUAGUAGUUGUGAGGGGACAGGAU